GACCCCCCAGUAGACUAGCGAAUAUACACAUUAUCAAGAGACUCAUGCAUGAGGGUUAAAAUCUAAUGGAGUUUUUGUUAGUAUAAAAAUUUAAUUUUGAUUAACCGAGUGACCAUCAUCAUCAUCAUGUUACUGAGAACCACAUCUGCUCCAAUACUCAACUCAUGGCUACAACAACACUGCUCGAGAGAAUCGUCACCGGAGCCGGAGUCACUGCUCCAGCCCCGAAACAGAUCGUUGUCUCUUCUCGCUUCAAAGUCCAUAGAUGAACACACUGGGGAGAUAUUGCACCAAGCUUUCUCUGAGCACAGGGAAAGCGUUCUUAAAUCAAGUUACAACGUACAUGACAGCAGUAACGUAUUACCACGAAAGCAACGAAGGUCAUCGUUAGAUGAAAGUUCCCAUGGAACAGCCUACAACGGAAAGAUUUUGGAUCCGUCCUCGAACCUUUUAACGGAAAGACUGUUCUCGGGCUCUAGGCUGGGAGAGAAGGUCAGUGAUGUUGAAGAUCAUCCGGAGGCUCUUGUGAUGGGUGGUGGUGGUGGUAUGGGGAGCAGCGGCGUCAAGAUCUGUAACGGCGGAGAUGACAGUGGAAGAAGUGGAAGUGAGGACGCCACCGAUGUGUAUUACCGGGAGAUGAUCAACUUGACACCUGGAAAUUCGCUUCUGACCGGAAACUACGCCAAGUUUUUGAAAGAGGUGAGAGGAGACUUGAAGAAAGCAGAAGAGUAUUGUGAAAGAGCAAUUUUGGGGAACACCAACGAUGGAAACAUUCUCUCGCUAUACGCCGAUCUCAUUUUACAUAACCACGGCGAUCGUAAAAGAGCCCACUCCUAUUUCCAACAAGCUGCCAAAAUGUCCCCAGAAGAUUGGUAAAUUUUUUACAAGAUCUAUACCUAUAGCUUAUGUAACACUUAUUUCUUCUUUUUUUUAUAUAUUUUUUGCUUACGUAACACUUAUGUGGAUAACUAAUCAGAUUUUGUUG